GCCGCAACAGCCCAUUCGUAGUGGGAACCCCUGGGGAAAGUGAUCCUAAGCUACUGGCAACACCAGAAGUGCCAAUGUCAUUGGCAACACCAGCUUGUCAAGGAAGAACUGUCAAGUAGGAUUACAUGCAAAAAUGAAAUAACAAACAGACGAGGACUUUUGGACUAUCGAAAUCGUAGUUUAUUAGAAAACAUAUUAAUUUUCCAUUAUCAACACAAAAAGCGAAGGCUACAAAUAUUGAAAAAAGAAUACUGUUGUGAAUUAGAUGAGAAAUUGUACGGAGACAGAAAUGUGAGUCAAAAUGAAUUAUUACUAAAACCUAUGCCUAAAUACAAAAUUAUUUUUAGCUUAAAGCUGAUCUAACCAAAUUACCGGUGUUGAUUAUUGCUGAAAGAGCUCCAAUCAAUCUGUCGCAACAGUUUCUUUAAGAUUUCUACCGGAUCGAAAUUAAUCUCCAGUCGAACGUACGGCAGACACGAUCACGGACGAGGGCUAUGUUACAGGUAAAUGAUAACCUCAACCCGUAUGAUGCCGAUAUGACGUCGCACCAGUCGUCGGAUGAAUCGUUCAUCCCGUCUAUGCUCGACAGUGACGGAGGUGAGUUACGUGAUUGUAGGGAAUGUGAUCGACCGAACAAUUCUGAGCGGUACAUGGUGCAAUGUCAGAAUUGUAGCCGUUGGUAUCAUUUUUCGUGUGCGAACGUGGAUGCGGCAACGGUACGGUCGACAAGUUUCGUGUGUAAACAGUGUGCUCCUGGUGGUGGGUUAAAUGCGUCGGAACCAUCACCGAGCUCGAUUUCGAGUUCGUCUAGUACACGGAGGGCUAGAGUCGAGCUUGAACUUAAGCGUCUCGAUGAGGAGAGGAAGCUCCUAGAAGAUUUAAGCCGUGAGAGGAUCGAAAAGGAACGGGCACUUAAUGAGCGAGAACUUCAGGAGAAACUUGAACGGGAAAGGCAGUUCAUCGCGCAGAGACACGAAUUGCUAACUCAGAACGACGGAGAAGAAAGUGGGAGUGUGCGGAGUAUGCGGAGCCAGAGGAGUGCAAAACGUACAGAGGACUGGGUGAGGCAGACUGGAGCAGCCGAGAAUUCCGGCAAUGUCGUCGAGCCGAUGCCCAUGUCAACUUCUGUGAGUACUGGUAAUCUGGGCGAUUCGCAGGUAGUGCACCCUUCCUCAACGCCGUUGAAGCAUGUGGCAGCUGUAGUUUCCCCCAUUAUCGGCGACAACAGAGCAGGAGCGGGAUUUGAGGUGAAAUCGAUUCCGCGAACCCUUGGCAGCAUUACUAUCGAAGAUGAAUCCGAGGAAUCUCUCAAAGGCGCAGUCGGUGCAGACGAAGAUGAACGUGAUGAAUUACCACUCGUCAAUCUUCAGCCAUAUGAGGAUCUGUUGAAGGUCGAAGAAGUGGUGCCGGCCGGUGCUAACACUGGUGUCAUUCCAAAGAUUAACCGUUUCAGUACUCACUACAAGCGCUGGAGUGUCGAAACCGGCGAGCUACGGAAACAAAAUGCACUACAGCUGCAGCAGCAAUCGGAAGCGGAACGUCGGGUCAUUCAGAACCUUCAAGAGAUGCACCGUUUGGAUAUCGACACCAGGCGUAGAAGGGAAGUCGAUCUCGUAAAUCGAAUUAACAGUCUACAACUACAGCACGACGCUGAGCUGAAACUGGUUCGUGACUCGGAAGUGAAUUUGCGGAAGCAGCAGAAUCGUGAACGAGUAGAACUGAAGUCAAGGAUUGAGACCCUAGAACAGCAGCUCAUCGAGGAGAAGGAACAGAUGCGUACGUCGGAAGUAGAUUUGCGCAAUCAACUCGAACAGCGGAAGCGUGAAUGCGAAGCACUUCGACUUCAAGUAGCAGAACUGGAGAACGAGUUACAGUGUCUUCGAGGAAUUGAGGAGCAGUUGCAGUCCCAAAUAACAGCGAGUCGCCAGCGUGAACACGAAGCCAUUCGAGUACGGAAUGAAGUGGAGAAGCAGUACUGGGACUUGCACGAGGAGGUUCAACAAAUCAUCAAUCGAAGCGAAGAUCAGUCUGCUGACGGUGCUUGUUCUCCUCCGUUGCCUCCACCUCCGGCGUCAUGGUUUGAGCCCAUAAACGCGCCUAACAUUGCAAGCGUGAACCACUACGAUGUCAAUCCUUCCUCUUCCUCCACCCGCUCCAACCUUUUCUACCGUAAACGCAUUUGCUAA